AUCUUUCGCGAAGCCCUUGCAUUGCGUCCGCAUGGCCACCCCAAUCAUCCUUAUCCAUCUAUUAUCUCACCGAAGUGCAUCUACCUUCGACGAAUCGUGCUCGAACUCUGUCCUCUUGGCAAUGAACACCGUCCGAGAUCGUUCGACAAGCUUGCGUGGGCCUUUGUGUUACGCCUUCAACAAUGCAACAGUUUUGAUGAUUUAGACGAGUGCAUACAAUGUUGUCGUGAAGCCGUUUCUCUGCUCUGGGGUUCUGAACGCUAA